AGCGAGACGAGUAUAAAUAGGGGACUAGGACAAGCUUAGGAUCCAACAGUGUGUUCGCAUCUUUCAGACGAUUGCAAACAUCAGACAAAUCUUCUCUAGCCAACAUGAAAUUCGUCAUCAUCGCAACGUUGGUCGUAGUUGCCUUGGCUUCCGAAAAGCCCUACUAUCCGAAACCAACUUAUCCGGCACCGGCUUAUCCUCCUCCUGCUUACGGAAAGUCUUACGAUUACGCCCCGAUGCCGUACAGCUUCGAUUGGGCCGUACUGGACCAGGCAAGUUACAACGAUUUCGGACAGAAAGAGACAAGCGAUGGCAAACUCGUGAGUGGUACGUACUACGUCGUGCUCCCGGACGGUAGACGACAGGUUGUUACCUACAAAGCUGAUGAAUACGGUUACGUCGCCGAUGUGAAAUACGAGGGAGAAGCCAAAUACCCUGAAUACAAACCAUCUUAUCCAGCCUACCCCAAGCCCGCGUAUGCCCCUCCAGCUUACCCCAAGCCCGCUUAUCCUGCUCCGGCCUACCCCAAGCCAACUUACGCUCCACCGGCAUACCCUAAAGCUUCCUACCCUGAACCAUCUUACCCAACUUACCCUAGACCUUCUUACCCGGCUUAUCCUCGUCCAGCAUACCCUAGCUACCCCCGUCCUUCGUACCCGUCGUACCCUAAGCCAAGCUAUCCGUUUCCAUCUACCACUGAAGCCGCUGCUCCCGUGAAAGAGGCUGAAAUUCCAGUUGAAGUCGUCACCGAGGACGCAGAAGCUGCUGUGGUCGUAACUGAAUCGAUUGCUGAGGCCGUUGCUGCCCCGAUUGCCAGCGAAACGGAGACUUCCACCGAUGCUGCUUAAGAACCUUUCCGAGGGCAAUGAGUUUUUCAAAUAUUUUUAAAAGCGAUCGCAGCAACACAUUCAUAACUUAUGUAAAGCCAAUUUUCUAUACAUGAUAUCUGCUAUUUCGCCAAUCGCCACACAAAUAUAAUUAUUCUUAUUACA